AGUCUCGAGUAUCUGCUUGUCCACACCCUGCGACACCAAACACCCGUCUGGCCUCGAGGACACGCGGCUAAUCUCGACCAUUGUCUUCCCACCGGCCCCGCCACGUUUUGCCCUGCCCAUUUCUCACCCCACUUUAACUACCCUUCAACGUCAAUUCCACUAUCGUCAAAUUCACCUCUCCUCCACAUCCCAUUCCCGCCGCCCUCCGACUUCUCUUCCCACCAAUCUCCCUUGAAAUUACCUCGACGCCUGAUCUCCUCACACCCACGGGACCAUGGCCGACACUCUCAUCACACCAGAAGUGGAACCGUCCGCCGGGAACAUCGAACUGAAAGACAACACCAUCAUCCUCGUCCUCGGCGCCUCCGGCGAUCUCGCGAAGAAGAAGACCUUCCCCGCCCUCUUCGGCCUCUUCCGUAAUGGCUUCCUCCCCAAGGGCGUCAAGAUCAUCGGCUACGCCCGGACGAAGAUGGAUCACACCGAAUACCUCAAGCGCGUGAAGAGCCACAUCAAGACCCCCACCAAAGAGAUGGAGCAGCAGCUCGAGGACUUCUGCAGCGUCGCCACAUACGUCAGCGGCCAGUACGACAAGGAUGACAGCUUCCAGAAUCUCGAAAAGCACUUGCAAGAGGUGGAGAAGGGCCAGGAGAAGACGAACCGUAUCUUCUACAUGGCCCUCCCGCCCAGCGUCUUCAUCCCCGUCAGCGAGCACCUGAAGCGCAACAACUACCCCAAGAACGGCGUCUCUCGCAUCAUCAUUGAGAAGCCGUUCGGCAAGGAUCUCGAGUCCAGCCGCGAACUUGACCGAGCCCUGCGGCCCAACUGGACGGAGGAGGAGAUUUUCCGAAUCGACCACUACCUUGGCAAGGAGAUGGUGAAGAACAUCCUCAUCCUGCGCUUCGGCAACGAGUUCUUCGGCGCCACAUGGAACCGCAACCACAUCGACAACGUGCAAAUCACCUUCAAGGAGCCCUUUGGCACCGAGGGCCGGGGUGGGUACUUUGACGAGUUCGGCAUCAUCCGCGACGUCAUGCAGAACCACUUGCUGCAAGUCCUCACCCUGCUCUCCAUGGAGCGCCCCAUCUCCUUCUCCGCCGAGGACAUCCGCGACGAGAAGGUGCGUGUGCUGCGCAGCAUCACCCCCAUCGAACCCAAGAACGUCAUCAUCGGGCAGUACGAGCGGUCGCUGGACGGCAACAAGCCCGGGUAUAAGGAAGACGACACGGUGCCCAAGGACUCGCGCUGCCCCACCUUCGCCAGCAUGGUGGCGUACAUCAAGAACGAGCGCUGGGACGGCGUGCCCUUCAUCCUCAAGGCGGGCAAGGCGCUCAACGAGCAAAAGACGGAGGUGCGCAUCCAGUUCAAGGACGUGACGAGCGGGAUCUUCAAGGACAUUCCCCGCAACGAGCUGGUGCUGCGCGUGCAGCCCAACGAGUCCAUCUACAUCAAGAUGAACUCCAAGCUGCCCGGGCUCAGCAUGCAGACGGUGCUGACCGAGCUGGACCUGACGUACCGCCGCCGCUUCUCCGACCUCAAGAUCCCCGAGGCCUACGAGAGCUUGAUCUUGGACGCGCUCAAGGGCGACCACAGCAAUUUCGUGCGUGACGACGAGCUGGAUGCCAGUUGGCGCAUCUUCUCCCCCCUGUUGCAUUAUUUGGACGACAAUAAGGAGAUUAUCCCAAUGGGGUAUCCUUACGGAUCUCGCGGCCCCGCCGUCCUCGACGACUUCACCGCUAGCUACGGCUACAAGUUCUCCGACGCCGCCGGCUACCAAUGGCCCCAGACAAGCGCGGAGGGCAACAAGUUGUGAGCGAGAGCAGUCAAAACUCAACGCACCAGCACCACCGACGUCAAUCUUUAGGGAGGAGCAUGGAGCACGCGCUUCGUCACAGCUUGGCCUGCCCGCCCUGGAGUCGUAAGGAAUCUCCUUUUGGCGUCAGACUUAUCAUCUAACCCCCUUUCUCUUUUUCCCCGCGAUAGAGCUACCAAACUUUGCUGAAGAGACACGAAACUAAGAAUAGAUGAUGGGUUGGAUGGGAGGCGGACAUCAGAGAAGGAGGGUAUAGUUCAGCGUUUAAUACAACAUCAAGUUCGGGGAGAAGAAUUGGC